AUGGGCUUACUUCAACUACCAGGCGAGGUGCUUGACGAGAUCAUCGACUUUGCCGUUCCUGAUGGCCUAGAAAACUUUGCCCUUAGCUGCAAACUGAUUUAUGCACGGGCUUCCUCUCAGAUAUUUCAUCACAACAGGCGCACACGGAUCGGGCGCUACGCGGCUCAACCGAGCAACGACCGGGGCAAGCCAUUGCUCCUUCUGUUCGAGAUUUCGAGGGAUCCCUCCGUCGCAGACUACAUAGAUGUGCUCAACCUCAGGAAUCCCAAUCCGGAUGACAAUGCAUCCGGCUCAACUCAGCUUACCGAUGAAUUCCGUAUGGAGGAGGAGGCUAUGGAUGGGAUCAAGAACAUGGUCACCCAGUCCGCUUGGCUGGAGAGUGCUGGCGUUAAUGUGGAAGAUUGGUGGGAUGCCAUGAUGGACGAGGAUGAAACAGUCGACGACGAGGACGACUUCGAGGGUGUGCCGUGUACGGUUGUCUCUCUCCUGAGCCAAUUGCCGAAUUUGAGGUCCCUGCAACUUCCAGAAACAUGGGUUCAAUUCCGCCCAGAGUCCGCGCUGACUGAUAGAGAGAGGCAGUUGCUCUACGUCCUCGACGCCUUGGUAGCAUAUUCGAACGCGGGCGCAAAGGGUGUUGGCAGACCACUCCAGCAUCUCGAAACACUCUUACCAUUUAGCCCUUCAGGCUACGAGGCCAGAGCUGCCCUGCAGUCCGUGGAGCCUUUUCUAGCCUUGAAAGGUCUGCGGGAGUUGUUCGGGGUGGCUCUGAUCGCUGUUGACGACUCCUAUACGGGGAUCCCCUUCCGAUGGAGAUCGGACCACGCAAUUUCCUCAUUGCGUCGCAUCGAGCUCGCGCACUGCUGCAUCGAUGCAGAUGGUAUAUCCGAAUUCCUAUCUCGCACGCCCCAGUUGGAGAUCUUCCGGUAUUCGCACGAGACGAAAUGGCACGGGUGUGAGCAUGACUGGAACGCGGGUGCUUUCAUUGGAGCCAUUGCUCGACAUUGCGGCGCAACCAUCACAGAAAUGGCAAUUACCAUCGACGAGAUGUAUGGUGACAUUAUCAACGGCGCCUCGAGUUUCCUCGCAUUCAAUAAUCUGAGGACUCUCGAGGUAGACGUGCAGAUCUUUUGUGGACCGCCUCUUGAAAGCGGUCAGCGACGAGGUCUAGCGGCAAUGGUGCCUGACGGCGAAACCCCUUGGACAGAACAUGAUAUUCCCUGCAUCGCCAGCAUGCUUCCGCCCAGCAUCGAGCAUAUGGUCAUCAAUACCGAUUUUCCACAGAGUGAGGCCCAGGCGCUGCGAUCAUUACUGAAGAACAUCCCGCAACAACAGGCGGAGCGCUUGCCACAACUACAGACCGUCAUAAUCAGGCAAUUCAACGAUACGUCUGGUGAGGAAGUUUUUGGCAUACCUGGUCACGUACAUGUCGUGGACGGCAAUGCGGAACUCAAACUGCAGAGAUCCAUGCUUCCGUUGUGGAAACGGAAUUUCUCCACGCGCGUUGGUGGCAUCGCCUACACUUAG